CAGCUGCGGCGGCUAGUAGUUUUUGCUACUUUUAUUUAUGUUUUUAUUUUAAAAUUUGUUCUGUCCCUGUUGUGACAGUGUUGUCGUUUACUUUUGUGAUAGACAUUCAAUGCUAACUCAAGCAUAGUUCUGCCACAUCGAAGGAAGCGAUCAUUAGCAAGUAAUGGGACAUCGGAAUAUUUCGCAGCUUCGUGUGUGACGCACGGAACAUGGCAGCGCCUGGGACUUAUCUCGCAAAACCAAGCAACCGGGAACACCAUGCUUUAAAAGCUCCCUAUUUUAACGAAAGCGAUUCGUUGGUUAUCAAGCAUUUACCAGAGACAUUUAGUGAAGACGAUGUCAGAAAAUUCCUGGCUGAUGCUGGUGCAGUGGAGAUCAAAUACUUUGGAUCUUCUGGCCGUUUGCGAAAUCUGGCAAUUGCAAGAUUUGACAAUCCGGACCUCGCCGUCGUGAUAAUGCAGAAACUUCAUCAGAUCAAAAUGGGCAAACGUCGCUUGGUCGUGGAAUUUGCUGAUGAGAAGCUGACAAAACAUUUGCCCAUGGUGAAAGAAAACACGGCACGUUCUUCGGACUAUGUUAUGACAGGUGAAACCUACUCUAACUAUGCGAUCCCAGUCACUUUGAAAUAUCACUAUCCACCACCUAGUCCGUCCAUCCUGACCAAUGUCAUGUACAUUAUGGCCCAAACACCGGCUUUAUACGUGCAAGUUAUGCAUUUAAUGAACAAAAUGCACCUGCCAAUUCCGUUUGGACCGCUGCUGCCACCACCAAAAAUGUUUGACAACAUUUCUGGCCGUGCUUCGGAAGCUGUUGAUGAAAUGGUCGCGGUUUCUUCUGAUUCCGAAUGCGAAACCGAAUUAGCAUCAACAGUACCACCAAGGUUAACGAAAACGAAAGAAGGUUUACCGAAGCGAAAAAAGAUUAAACUCUCUGGACUUCUGGAGACGCACGAGAUGGCACCGGUUUCAGCGUUACCUGAUCAAGACAUAUUUGACAACCCUUUUUCCGGCCAAACUCUCGCUGUCCGGCGCAUGCAUAUCGAGCCUCCGACAGCUGAACGAUUGGAAGCUGUGGCCCGCAGCAGUGGGGAUGACGACGGCGUCUCAGGGGAAGGGUUUGCUAUUUUAAAAGCACCCGAAGUUUCUCCCCAACCCGAUUGUACAGCUUCGUUUAUCAGCGCGCAAGAACUUGAUAAAUUGCGCUCGAGUGCGGAAGAACUCCUGAAACUACCGCCGUUUAAAAAGUACGACCCUGGACAACCGUCAUCUAAACUGUACUUGAAAAAUCUAGCAGAAGCAGUUGAAGAAGAGGAUCUGAAAUUUAUUUUUGGGCGGUAUGUGAACUGGAACAACAGAGUGGAAACUGAAAGUUUGGGUUCCUUUAGCUUCAGUAUUCGACUAAUGCAAGAAGGACGAAUGAAAGGGCAAGCAUUUAUUACCCUGCCUAAUCAAACCAAAGCCGCUGAAGCACUCAAAGAAGUUCAUGGAUGUCGGAUUAAAGAGAAGCCUGUUGUUGUGGUGUUCGGGAGAUCUGAUAAGUAAAGAGGAUUGCCACUUUGCAGCAGACGUUUGCUUCACGUUUGCUUAUAUGGCGAAUGCAGUUUCCGAUAAGUGGCUGCUGUGUUCUUUGCUUUUGGCGAGCUUUUGGCUAUUGAAGCUAUUACAGUUACGAAGUAAUACGGACACUGCAUGACAAAAUUUUUGAGAUGCUGAACUGACCCUUCGAAGCAGCCACGUUUUUAAUAAGCAGCAGAGAGCCCCUACAGAUGGAAACACUCGGCAAGGCGGACGCCCUGGGAAUCAGCAGGGUCGGCGGCUCCUGGUGCGAAGGACUGGAAUCCUCGAGAUGGACUAGCGGAGUGAAGGCCGUGGAGCUUUUGGCCGUAAAGGCUGCUGUGGCUUCCAGUUGAACCGGGAGAGUGGAUGGAUCAUAAAAUGUUUCCCAGGUGGCCACAAUGGCGUACGGCGCCCAGCAAACGAUCAUGCAAACUCCGACGGCAAGCGUCAUCUGUGGAAAAUAUAGGGUACAUUGCAUGAUUUGUUAUAAUCAUAUUAUGGCUGAAGGGGUUAUUAAAGGCAGAGGUAACUGGAGGUUAUCCUGAUUGCUAUAUCAUCUCGAUUUCGGAUAAUCUGUAGACUUGGUAAUUGGGUGAGGCGCGCGGAGCUGAUCGAAUAAGUACUUAUUAACAUUUUUAGCAGACCAACAAUAUGGGCUAAUGCAGCUGACAAUAAACUUACGGUAAAAUUUUGGAUCGCAGUCAUUGAGCCCCUUUAUGUGUCAUGAAGUAUCAAAUGCUACCUAAAAACUGAUACUGUAGCGGUACUUUCAAUAGAGUAGAGUUUUAUUUGUUCUUC